AUCCCAACCGGAAGUGAGUCCGCAGCAUUAUUGUUCCUGUAGGAACAAGGAAAUCAAGACCAUUUUAGCACCGCUGUUCCACUUGCAGGUGGAUGUGACCAGCUGAACACUGGAAAUAGCAGUGGUUCUGCUGCGUUCAGGGUCCAGUGUUUCCAGGCUUCAGAACUAUAAUUUAAAGGAACCAACAUGGGACUGUUAUCCGACCCAAACAGAAGACAGGCUUUGAUCAGCCUGCUCACUCGCCUUAAUGCCCCAAUCUGUGUGGUCUGCUACAUGGCAGGCGUGGCCUGGUUCAUGGGGUUAGCGUUUGAGCCGUUCACCCUGAGGACGUACAUGUCAGAGAAUGCCAUGGGGUCUACCAUGGUGGAGGAGCGGUUUCCAGCUGGCGAGCGGGCGCUGGCCACAGGCAGGGAAUUUGCAUCUCAAAAAAACAAAGUGGAUGGGAUGCCUGUGGAUUGGUUGGUGAAAGCCAUGCAGGCCCGAGGGCUAGAAGUGUUCACCCAGCGCUUCACGCGCACGCUUCCCUUUCCUGAUGAAAACAAUGAGAGAUAUAUGGUAAAAGGUACAAAUGUGUAUGGGAUCCUUCGGGCUCCCAGGGCUCCACGGACUGAAGCCCUGGUGCUGAGCGCUCCCUGCAGCCCAGGCGAUAACAACAACCAGGCUGUGGGAUUGCUGCUUGGUUUGGCACAGUACUUCAGAAAUCAGAUUUUCUGGGCCAAGGACAUCAUCUUCUUGGUGAACGAACAUGAUCUGAUUGGCAUGCAGGCAUGGCUGGAGGGCUACCACCACACCAACACUACAGGUAUGGACUGGUCUCCACUGCAGGGCAGAGGAGGAUCCAUCCAGGCUGCACUGUCCCUGGAGCUCAGCAGUGAUGUAAUCACCAGCUUGGACUUAGUACUGGAAGGCCUCAACGGCCAGUUACCGAACCUGGAUUUAGCCAACCUUUUCUAUGCCUUCUGUCAGAAGAUAGGAGUUCUUUGCACCAUCCAGGGCAAGCUGCCGAGGAAUGACUGGGACAGUGUGUCGGGCUAUAGCCACGCAGUCCAGACCAUGAUGCUGAUGGUGAUGAAGCAGGCCAGUGGGCGGCCGUGGGGGGACCACGGCCUCUUCCUGCGCUACCACAUCGAGGCUGCCACCCUCAAGGGCAUCAACAGCUUCCGGCAGCACAAGACUGACACCACCACCAUUGGGAGGCUUUUAGAAGGAAUGUAUCGUAAACUGAAUAACCUCCUGGAGCGUCUACACCAGUCCUACUUCUUCUACCUCAUGCCGUCACUCUCUCACUUUGUCUCCAUUGGUUACUACAUGCCAGCAUUUGGACUGCUUGCUGUCAUCCUGCUGCUUCGUGCCUUAGAUUUGUGGGUUCAGCUGGUGACUCCAGCAGCACCGACGGAGGACGGUGUUGUUGACGUUGAGCAGCAGUCCGGUUCGGGGGUGCUGUCUGUGCUGACUCCUCUGGUGAUCAGUCAUCUGACGGGAACAGCCCUGUACAUGCUGCCGAUACGUUUUCAGGAGAUGGCUGUGGAACAUUUCCCAGUGUCUGAGACUGAGGCCGUGGUCCUGACAGCCAUUGCUGUUUACACAGCAGGUCUGGCUUUGCCUCAUAACACACACAGAUUCGUGUCCGGUGAGGCGACGGAGCAGGGCUGGAGGGUUCUGAAGCUGGUAGCGGUGCUGUACCUAGCUGUGCUCCUGGGUUGCACAGCCCUCAUCAACUUCUCCCUGGGCUUCAUCCUUGCGCUAACUCUGGUGCCUGUGGCUGCCUUCAUCACCCCCCACGUACCAAAGGUUCUGUCUGCGUUCGUCCUGGUCGUCCUCAGCCCCGCCUGCACGCUGCUCUUUUCUGUCUUUUUCUUUCAAGAGCUGCAGGAAAUGCCUGUUAGCUUCCAAGACGGUUGGUUGCUGUACCUGUCCGUCAUCUCACAGGGCAUCCUGGACCACUUCCUGUACGGCUCGCUGGUUUACCCACUCAUAGCACUAAUGGUGUACCCAUGCUGGCUGCUUUUCUGGAACAUCCUUUUCUGGAAGUAAAUGCCACUGAGCGCCUUCACUGGGAGAGAAACCCUCAGCUGAGUUUGUGUUUACUGAAGAAAUGUGACAAAGAGGAAUCUUAUAGUUGACUUCAAAAGAAUGCAGUGGUUCCUAUUUUUGGAUGUUCUGUUGGUAUUUUAACAUCAACUACAAGUAUUUCUUCCUAAAACACUGAAUUUCUAAAACAAGCAACAUUUAUUGUAAAGCUCAUCAGAUUAUUUCUCUAUAUUUUGCUCUUUUUUGUGGUAUAUGUUAAAAUAUUGGUUUUAAUAAGACAGGAUUGUGAUGAUGGAGGACACGACAAACGAUUUGGUCUGAAGGUACAGAAGCAAGAAAAAACCCACACCUGAUUGAAUGAAAGUUGGACUUUUUAAAGGCUCCUCACCUGCAUCUGUUAAACAUUACUACAUCUGGUAUUUUUAUACUUUUGAAAUGUUUAUUUCCUAUUUAUAAAUGCCAAAUAAAGCCUGGAAAUGUUUGGUUUUGGA